AUGUCUCUCGGCGGCCGCAAUGGACCUCGUCGUGCGAAUGAGGACCUGGACUAUGAGCAGCUCGAGGGCAACAUCGACGAGGGGUCGUUCUGGCAGGGCCCGUUGAUCGUUGCCUGGGGGGCAGAGGAGACAUAUGCCACGUCCAGUCGUACGGGGGUCGUUCGCCAGAAAGGCCACUCGGUAAUGCCGGCGUUCUUGAAGAAGAGGUGGUAUGAGUUGAUGGGGACCCAGACCUCCAUCGACGUUCGGGGCAUGUGGCCUAACGAUAAGGAGGCCGCUCGAGUUGCUGGUAACCCGCUCUGCGUGUAUGCCGCCUGGCGAGCGGCGUUCGAGCAGCAAGAGUUCAUCCCGGCCUUCCUUGUUUGCUACAACCUGCUCCAGGCCCUCGUGCCGCUCGAGGGUCGUUCGGUUUUGCAGAUCAUUUGUAGCCUGGAUGCAUCUAGGGACAUUCCGUGA